CCGCGGCAGAACCAGCCUGGGAGCCGGCGGCGUAAGACACAUGCGUGCGGCCCGCGGGAGCCACAGCAGGAGCGGGAGCGGGAGCAGCGGCGAGCGGCGGCGGCGGUGGCGGCGGCGACAGCGGCGGCAGCAGCAACAGAGGCGGCGGUGGAGAGCAGGCAGCGCGGAGCCAGGCGCCCCUGGCCCGGCCCGGCCCCCGCCUGACAGCCCCGACGGCCCUCCCCCGCCCCCGACGGCGCGUUCAUGCCCCCGGGGGUAUCAUUCUCUGCCUCUGCAUUGGCUUCCCGGUGUGGUAUGGCCAGAGCACAGCAGGACGGCAGCUCCCCUGAGCCAGUAGAGGGUCUGCCCCGCGAGGGCCCGCGAACCUUUCCCCUGGGGCGGCUCAUGCCCCCCGCGGUCUCGUGCAGCCUCUGCGAGGCUGGCCUGAACCCUUCUGGCGACUCCAUGUGCCCAGCCCCCGGCCCGGCGCUGGCGCCCCCUUCCCUCCUGCCCCUCGCCUACUUCUGCACUCGCCAGCCCCGUUCGUAUGGGGGCCCCCGCUGGGCACGGGUGGCCAGGAGCCCGGCCCCCAGCAGCCAGGGCCAGAGCGGCUCCCAGCCCUCCUUGGGUGAGAGGUCUGCCGAGGAAGAGGAGGAGGGAGGACAGGAGGUAGAGCCUCAGGUUGUGUCCCCGAUGUCUGGUGGCCCCCCGGGGGUGUUAGGCCCAGAACACGGGGACCAAGGAGAGCAGCAAGACCGGGAGAUCGGCGCUCAGCUCCGGAGGAUGGCCGAUGACCUCAACGCUCUGUACGAGCAGCGGAGACGAGAGGAGGAGCAGAGACGCCAUCUCUCACCCUGGAGGUUUCUCUACAAUCUCAUCUCAGGGCUCUUGACCCCCCACCGAGGGAACCGGAUCCCCGAAAUCGAGCCCAACUAAGUUCCGGCGCUCACCCGGCAGGACACCAUGUGUUGGGGGGUGCAGCUGGAGGAGGUCUGCAGGGCAGGACCUUCCGACCCCCCCUUCCUGUGGACUCUUGGCAAAAUGUAGCAUAUCAGAGAUGGGCACAGAUGCCCCCUUUGGGGGGCCCUGGGGGGGCGAAUGACUCUGGGUCCAGCACUGGAAAAAGCCCCUGCCUGGAUUGCUUGGGAGAACAGUUGGGGGGGCGGGGGGCGGUUCUGACACUGACCAAGGAGGGGCCAAACUUCUGAGGCCCCAGUCUCGGGGAAGAGGGGGCCUGGUGGGAGGAAGGGGGGGCCUCGGGAGAGGAGGGGGCAUCCAAGGGGAAUGGCAUGUGCCACAGCUGCCCCCUGCCAUCUCAGGAAGGGCCGGGGCUCUGCCCGCUUCAGCCGGGCCCCCUCUCCGGCCUUCUCUCCAGGCCUUUGGUGCUUUGUUCCCUGCCUUGACGGAAUGAGCCAAAAAACUAACCACUAGCUUCCCAGAUGGAAAGAGCCGCUAGUCUGUAUCCUGUGGAGCCAGUCUGUCUUUCCUGAGCCGGCAGGCCACCCUGCCUCAGUUUUCAUUUUCUUAGGGAGGGCUAAGAAGGAAACAGGGGGGUAACCCUCUCUCUAGCCCCUCCGAGUCAGCCCACUGUGGAACUGAGAGAAAUGAUGGGGUUCACCUGCCUUCCCUUUGCCCCCGGAGGCCGAGGGAGGGGGCCCCUUGGACAGAAGGCUUGGGCUGACAUUCCCCCAGGGGGCAGGGCAGGGACCCUCCAAACAAGGAGGCUUUGAGGGAGGGGGUGGGCCAAGGGAGGGAGGGAGGAGGGAACUAGCUUGUAAAUAUACUGUACAUGAUGCUGUGUGCUGUAGAUACUGGAAUGAAUUUUCUGUACAUGUUUGGUUAAUUUUUUGUACAUGAUUUUUGUAUGUUUCCUUUUCAAUAAAAUCAGAUUGAGCAGGAA